AAUGAGAUAACACAUGCGCUUGGCGGAAAUCGUGUACAGCUGAUUUAGGGUUACGAAGGUGAAGGUCUUUGUCGCACGACGAUGGCAGCCUCCAUUGUAAGAAAGCUUGUUGGCUCAACGUAUAAAUGUACUGUAAUAUCAAGACUUGUAACUUCUGAAACUUUAGGCAAACGAACAUUUAGCUUCUCUAGAUGUUUAGCUGAUAGACUUUACACAGACAAACAUGAAUGGAUUGAAAUCAAAGGAGGGAAAGGCACUGUUGGAAUAUCUGUUUAUGCACAGGAACAAUUGGGAGAAAUUGUCUUUGUUGAAACGCCUGAAAUUGGUGCCACAUUAAAUGCCCAUGAUGUGGCAGGCUGUCUGGAGAGUGUGAAAGCAGCCAGUGAAGUGUACAGCCCUGUUGGGGGUAAAGUCACAGAAGUCAAUGAUAAGUUGUCCGGUGAACCAAAGCUAGUCAACACAUCACCCCUUGAUAAAGGCUGGCUAUACAAGCUUGAUGUUGCUCCUGGCACCAAAACUGAUGAUUUGAUGGACGAGAAAGCUUAUGCUGAGUUUGUUGGAACCAUUGAUAAUCAUUAAAAUAAUGUGUACUGAUAAAAUGGCGCAAUUGGGUUUGUGAAUUGAAAACUGGGAGAUUAUUUGUAAAUUAAUUAUUUCAUGUAACAUGGCCUGCUUAGUGGUAUUAAUACAUAAUUAAUUAGUUCUUUGGAAAUUAAUUCACUUUGUUGCUAAGUUCAGCGGCUCCACAUUUUUAAAAAAUACAGGAUCUGUGAAUUCUCCACUUUUUUAAUUCAUUGUUACACUCAGAACCAGAAUUAUAUACUCAUUCAUUUAAUUAGCAUUGUGUGUCAGAAACAUGAAUGUCUGAAUAGUUGUUUUAAUGAGAGGGGCAAUGAAUUAAUUAUAAAAACCAUCUUCAUGUUUGUUGCUAGUCAUCUAGACAUUUUUUUCUAUAUUCUGAUUUAUACUAAACAGCUGUAUGGAAUGACUUCUUUAUUAGCAACAUAUACAGAAAAUUUCCUUGUGCCUUUGUAGUUACCUUAGUAUUAAGUAGUGAUUUAUGUUAUUGUUAAUGCAUUCAUGUAUAAAGAUUCUGUUUCUGUUAUUUACAUGCCCUAGUUUGUGGAGAAACAAAUGUAGUGUACAGUAUAUAUUUUUAGAUUAUACUGUAUGGUGUAAACAGAGUUUGGUCUCUUCUUGGCUUUUUUUUUUAUCAGGGAUUUUAUUCAUCUAUCCAAUAAAAAAUGUGACAUGGU